AAUAAGUGUGCCAAAUUUAUCAAUAAAUAUUGAGGAAAAUCAAACGCCCUGAAUCAAAUGAGCGGUGCUUUUUAAAGAAUUGGAAAAAUCGCAAACGCAAUAGUCGGUGAAAAAUAAUGAAUGAUAUGAUUCAAUGACGUCGCGAAACCAAUCCGUAAUUCGACAAAGCAAAAGAGAAAGAAGAGAAGGGAAAAGUCACAGUGAGCAGCCGACUGUGAACAUUUAUGCGGGCUGUGCUGCUGUUGACACAACGAAUCAAAUAAAAACUUAAUAUAUACAAAAAGCCACAACGGAUCACAACAAAUAUCCAUAGAUUAAAUUGUAUAAAAUAUGUGUUAGAAGCAGCAAAAUUAAGAAAAUCUUCAGAUGGGUUCACGUAUUAAAAGCGACGUAAAGAAACUCUUUGAGUUUUGGUGCGAAGUAAAGCCCACACGCGGCAUCGAUCGUGGCAGUGUUAAUCGUGGAGGUGGAGGAGCAGCCGCAACGCCAGCUGGUGUCAUUAUUGAAAGCUUCCCAGAGGGCUUUCGCGAUAAGGAGGUGCUUAACGGCAUCCCAUCGUUUGCGUUUCCCUGCGAUCUCAUAAGGGGCUCUGUACAGUCCUAUUCUUUUGUGCAUACCACCGCCGAUUCGAAAUGGCGUUUUGGGUUUUGUCGACACGAUCCGAAAACGGAAACAGCGAUGGUGCUCAUCACCUAUCUGCCCUGGCAUGAUCCCUUCCUAAAGCUAUUAACUGUGUUAGCGGAUCUAAAACGCACCGAUCUAAAUGAGUUUCGAACCUUCCUAUCGGAGGCAUACAACAGAGGCGUUCCAGAUGCGGGUGGAAAUCUAACGGUGUUCUAUAACAGCGGGCAAAGCCAUUUUACAUUUGAGCGGCCUUUGCCAUUUCAACUGCCCAGCAUACCAGAAAAUCACAAUCUAAAUCUCUAUUACAACUUUGUGGAUCCUAAGGAGAUGAUAAGUGUGUUUGCUGCUAUGCUCGCGGAGCGUCGCAUUAUAUUCACAUCGAGUCAUUUGGAUAGGCUAUCCUCGUGCAUACAGGCGGCCAAUGCAUUCCUCUAUCCCAUGGUCUGGCAGCAUAUAUUCAUACCUGUGUUGCCCUGGGAGUUUAAGGAUUACUUGGGUGCACCUAUGCCAUAUUUAAUUGGUGUGCCAAAGCCAGUACUCGAAACUGUUUCUGCCGAUGAGCUCGGAGAAGUUGUGAUUUUAAACUGUGAUACGAAUCUGUUGGAGAGUCCUUUUGAUGAUGUCCGUGCACUGCCUGCAGAGAUAGUGUCGCAGCUUAAGAAAUAUUUAAGCCAUACUCAGGACCAUAUCGGGGAUCGUGUUUCCAAAAUCUUUCUCGGCGCUUUGGUACAGCUGAUUGGCGGUUAUCGGGAUGCUGUUGAAUUUCACGACACCUGUAAAACGUUCAAUCGCGAAAAGUUCAUUGAAUCUCGACCCGCCCACCUGCGUCCGUUUCUCACCAAAAUGAUGGAGCUGCAAAUCUUUGCCCAGUUCAUUGAUGAUCGACUCAAAAUGCUAAAUAGCGGCUUGGGUUUUUCCGAUGAAUUCGAACGGGAAACAGUUCGAUAUGCUGAAAAGAUGAAGAAACGCGGUCGCAAUUAUGUCUUUCUAAAGCAUGUCAAGGACAAGACUAAUCCAGCUGUUAAGUCUGCUGUUAAAUCGGUGAAGGAGAGCUCGCGUGGUGUUAAGACCGCAUACAAGAAGUGGCGUGAUAACGGCAGCGGCCACAAUCAUAAUCCUAAUCAUCAAUUCCAUUUCGGUCUAAGCUCCCCUCAGCACUCGGAUCGUCCGGACGGAAGUGUCAAUAGCCUAAGUAGUUACGGACGCAAAGUCACGCAUCAUUCGGCGCCAAGUUCGCCAGUGUGCAGCAAACGCCUAGAGCGUGAGAUAAAUUUGAAUGGCAGUGCAGCUCGCGAGCAGCAGCAGCAGCCAAUGCUGCAGUUACCACAGCAGCAGCGACGCGCUCCUGUGCCGCUGGCUAUGUCCAGUUCGAGCAGUCAUAUUCCUGCGAAUGGUCAUGCGCUGGGUGCGCCGAAUAAUGCUCAUUUUGAUCAUCUUAUUGGUGCGUCUCCUGCUGUUAGCUCGGCAAGCUCGAUCUGUUCAUCAGAGAUGAAUCUGUCGCAGGAGCUGCAGAAUCAUCCGCUGUUCAAAACGCCCGCCGUUGACCGAAGCCUAAAGCCCAACGCUGAGCAACAACACAGCACGCGUUUACGUAAUGGUGCCCCGCCGGCACGCCCACCGCCACCAGCGCUGCCAGCAUCACAGCCUGCCUCCUACUACAAUCAUCCAUAUGCGGCGAAUUCGAGCAUCAGCAAUGGAAGCAACAGCAACAGCAAGAGCAAGAGCAGCAUCAGCAACCCAUAUCCAAUCAGCAACUUGAAGCCUCCUCGGCACACUUCAACGCCCACUAAAGCACGUGCGCUGGCCAGCACAGACUCGAGCUUCGAUAAUCCACCAGAUGUGCAGUCGCCGCCUAUACCACCGCGACGUCAAUGCAGUGCCCAUGCUGUGGUGGCAGCCACAGCGGCUGCUGUUAGCGCUGGCAUCAAUCGUCUGGAGCGCAAUUGCUGGCAGGAUGAGCAAAAUAAUUCGGUGCGCAGCUCGAACACCUCGUCAGCUUCGGCAUCGUCUAGUUCUUCCUGCGCCUCCUUUGUGACGGCUGCUUCACGAUUUUCGCAGCUAAAUGUAUCAUCGCCCCAGAGUUCUGAUUCAGCGCCCAUACCAACACCGCGUUCCAAGAGAGAGUCACCCCGCAGCAGUAACAGCAGCAACAACGCUCAACCACACCCCCAGGAUAGCAUGAAUGAUCUGAUAUCGCUGGACGAUAGCAACAACACUAGCUUCGAUCUAGAGGAUUUCGAUCCGCUGAAUCAGAAUGCGCGCCCGUUGCCGCCGCUGGGCAAGACUUUUGGCAGCAACCACAAGUCCAAGUCCAGCACCUUGCCCGCGGGUGUCAACAGCAGCGUACUCAACAAUGUCGUGGGCGGCAAUAGCGUUAAUAAUCCAUUAUAUCCCUAUUUUGCGCCCAAACACAUGGCCACAGUUGCGGCUGUUACGAACCGAGUGGUGAACCCACUUCCAGCACAGAUUCAACGCAGCGGCAACAAUACUGCCAAGCCGCCGGAUGAUGAUUUCGAGCUGUUGCGCAAAUACGGAUUGGAUCAGUUUUCUUUAAAUACAACUGAAACAACAACUGCUGCAGGUGCCAAUACCAAAUCAGCUUUAACAGCAGGUGUAGGCGCUGGCGCUGGCAAGGGCAUGAACAACUGGACGACCUUUGAUUAGAGUGAAGGCGACGUUAACUGGAAAAGAUACCAAAAUAAGUGUGAUUAGGAUUAUGAUUCGUAUUGUAUUAUAAAUAUAUACAUAUACAUAGCUAGGCCUAGGCGAUAUAUGAUAUACCAGACAAA